AUGGCUAGUCUUGUUUUGUUCUGCAUCUUGUUCUGCUGUUUAUCAGCAGAAGCAACAGGGGUGUUAACAUAUAGAAACCCGGAUGAGCCAAUGAAUAUGAGGAUUAGAGACCUGAUGAAGAGAAUGACACUGGCAGAAAAAAUUGGUCAGAUGGCACAACUAGACCAUGACGUUGUCACACCUGAGAUCAUGAGGGAUUACUCCAUUGGCAGUGUAUUAAGUGGUGGAGGUCAUGUGCCUUCCCCAAAGGCUACUCCACAGGAUUGGGUUGAAUUGGUUAAUAAUUUGCAGACUGGAUCACUCUCAAGCCGACUUGGGAUUCCGAUGAUUUAUGGUAUUGAUGCUGUUCAUGGACAUAACAAUGUCUAUAAGGCUACCCUAUUCCCACAUAAUGUUGGUCUUGGUGCCACCAGGGAUCCUGCCCUUGUGAAGAAGAUUGGUGCUGCUACUGCUCUUGAAGUUAGAGCAACUGGAAUUAAUUAUGCUUUUGCGCCAUGCAUUGCGGUUUGUAGAGAUCCUAGAUGGGGCAGAUGCUAUGAGAGCUACAGUGAGGACCCCAACAUUGUGAAAGAAAUGACAGAAAUCAUACCUGGAUUGCAAGGAGACCUCCCUUUAAAUUCGCCUAGGGGUGUUCCUUAUGUUGGUGGAAGGGAUAAGGUUGCAGCUUGUGCAAAGCAUUUUGUUGGUGAUGGUGGAACCACCAGAGGCAUCAAUGAGAACAACACUGUGAUUGAUAGGCAUGGAUUGUUGAGCAUUCAUAUGCCGGGUUAUUACCAUGCUAUUAUCAAGGGCGUUUCCACAAUCAUGGUUUCAUACUCAAGCUGGAACGGAGAAAAGAUGCACGCUAAUCGUGAGCUUGUCACCAAUUUUCUCAAGAACAGAUUGAAGUUUAGGGGUUUUGUCAUCUCUGAUUGGCAAGGUAUUGAUAGGAUCAAAACACCAGCACAUUCAAACUACUCCGACGCAAUCCUACAAGGCAUUCAUGCUGGAAUUGACAUGGUCAUGGUUCCCUACAACCAUACUGAGUUCAUUGAUAUCGUGACUGAUUUGGUUGAGAAGAAGGUUAUUCCAAUGAGUCGUAUAGAUGAUGCUGUUAGGAGAAUCUUGAGAGUGAAAUUCACAAUGGGUCUGUUUGAGAACCCCAUGGCUGAUCUGACCUAUGUAGACCAGCUUGGUAGUCAGGCACACAGAGAUUUGGCUAGGGAAGCUGUAAGGAAGUCGCUCGUUCUUCUUAAGAAUGGACAGAAUGCUGAUGCUCCAUUGCUGCCACUUCCAAAGACUGCAUCUCGAAUUCUAGUUGCUGGUACUCAUGCUAAUAAUCUUGGCUAUCAAUGUGGUGGUUGGACCAUGACUUGGCAGGGACUUAGUGGCAAUAAUCACACCUAUGGAACUACAAUCCUUAAUGCAAUCUCAACUGCUGUUGAUCCAAGCACUGAGAUUGUUUACAGUGAGAAUCCUACUAGUGAAUUUGUCAAGUCCAACAAAUUCGAUUACGCCAUUGUUGUCGUGGGAGAGCUUCCUUAUGCAGAGACUAAGGGGGACAGUUUGAACUUGACUAUUAUGGAACCUGGUCCGAAUACAAUCAGCAACGUCUGUGGUAGUGUCAAGUGUGUCGUGAUCACGGUCUCUGGCAGACCUGUAGUGAUGGAACCUUAUCUUUCACAAAUAGAUGCACUUGUUGCUGCAUGGUUACCAGGCACUGAAGGCCAAGGAGUUGCUGAUGUUCUGUUUGGAGACUAUGGUUUCACCGGAAAACUUCCCCGGACAUGGUUUAAGACAGUAGAUCAGCUACCAAUGAAUGUUGGUGAUGCUCACUAUGAUCCACUGUUUCCCUUUGGUUUUGGCCUUACAACCGAUCGAGCCUGUUAAGGCAAGCUAGAAUAUAAGCUUU